UUCAGGAGCAGGAGAGGGGAAACGCAGGGGCGCGCGCGCAAGAGAGAGAGAGAGAGAGAGAGAGAGAGAGAGAGAGAGAGGAAAAACACACACACACAUACGAGAGCGCAAGAGAGCGGUGAUGAAUUCGAGGUGCUCGUGAGCCUGUUAAAAAUAAACAAUAACAACAAAACAACAACAACAACAAAAUCCCCACAGCAGUUAUUAUUAUUUGUCGCUGCUGGAGAGGAGGUUUAUUUCCACGAGAAUACGCGACAAAAUAUCGCGGUGUCGGUGAGGUCGCACAGCCAAGGAGAUUAUCCACCGGAGAGAGCGAGCCGCGACGGGGCUGGAAACCGGAGCACCAAUCCCGGAUGGCUAGGCGCGGCUGCUCGCUCUCUCUCCCUCCCUGACCCCCGGGAAGAGACGCGACGAGGACCGCGACGAGGGGUGGGAGGAGAAGGAGGAGAAGCAGAAGAAGCUCCGCUGGGGGACUUGACAUGUUUUUUUUCGGGAAUUUCGCGGGACCGAGCGUAAACAAACGGGUGGGAGAGGGAGCCCACUGAAGGGUGUGUGUGAGUUCUUGCGUGGUCGCUGCGUUUUUUUUUUCGAGCCCCGCUGCUGAUCCGGUGUCCGUGCAGCCUCCGUGGAUAACACCUUGUUCUGAUGUGGUCGGACUAGACUGAGGAGCCAGCGGCAUUAUGGGAUGUAGCAGGACUGUGCAGUGACCCCACUCAUUGGAAGGAAGCAGUCUGUGUACAGGAGCAGGAACAGCCUAAACACACACACACUCUUUCUCACACACACACACACACACACACACACACACACACACACACACACACACACACACUCAUCCUUUUAUACACACUCUCCAGCAGCCAUGCCUGUGUUCAGUGGGCUGCUCAAGGUAAGAGUGUGUGAGGCGGUGGACCUGAAGCCCACCCCCUGGGCCCUGCGUCACGCCGUGGGCAAGAGCGGCUCCUUCCUGCUGGACCCCUACCUGGCGCUGAACCUGGACCAGACCCGGCUAGGUCAGACUGCCACCAGGACCAAGACCAACAGUCCGGCCUGGCACCAGGAGUUCUGCACCGAGGUCCGGGAGGGAAGGAGCCUGGAGCUGUCGGUGUUCCACGACGCCCCCAUCGGGUACGAUGACUUCGUGGCCAACUGCACCAUCCAGCUUGAGGACCUGCUGCAGAACGGAACCAGGCACUACGAGGACUGGAUUGACUUGGAGCCGGAGGGGAAGGUGUACGUGGUCAUCGAUCUGUCCGGAUCCUCCACUGAGGCUUCGGGAGCCAACGACAAUGAGGAGCGAGUGUUCCGGGAGAGGAUCGGUCCUCGCCGGCGGCAGGGCGCCGUCAGGAGACGCGUCCAUCAGGUCAACGGACACAAGUUCAUGGCCACCUACCUGAGACAGCCGACCUACUGCUCACAUUGCAGAGAUUUUAUCUGGGGUGUGCUGGGGAAGCAGGGAUACCAGUGUCAGGUUUGCACGUGCGUCGUCCACAAGCGCUGCCAUGAGCUCAUCAUCACCAAGUGUGCCGGGAUGAAGAAGCAGGAGGACACACCUGAGGAGGUGGGUUCACAGCGGUUCAGUGUUAAUAUGCCCCAUAAGUUCAGUAUCCACAACUACAAGGUCCCAACCUUCUGUGACCACUGCGGCUCCCUGCUGUGGGGCCUCAUGAGGCAGGGCCUGCAGUGCAAAGUGUGUAAGAUGAAUGUGCACAGGCGAUGUGAGACCAAUGUAGCUCCUAACUGCGGCGUGGACGCCCGAGGAAUCGCCAAGGUCCUGUCUGACCUGGGAGUCACACCCGACAAGAUCUCAAGCACGGCACAACGCAGGAGGAAGUUGACUCCAGGGCAGGACCCUCCCCAGUCUCCUCCUGAGCUCUCUCAGACCGAGAACAGCUUCAGCCAGCCAGCUGUCCCCACCUCCCCGUCACAGCAGGACUUGGCAGAGUUGGAUCGCCUGCAGGACGCGCUGUCGCUCGACCAGCAGGGACCUCAGCACUCCUCCUCCUCUGCCUCCUCCUCCUCCUCCACCACCUCCUCUUCCUCCUCCUCCUCCUCCUCGGCGGGCAGGGAGAACGGACAGAGCCAGAGGAGGACCCUCAAGGACUUCAACUUUAUCAAGGUUCUCGGCAAAGGCAGCUUCGGCAAGGUGAUGCUGGCGGAGCUGAAGGGGACAGAGGACGUUUACGCCGUCAAAGUUUUAAAGAAGGACGUGAUCCUACAGGACGACGACGUCGACUGCACAAUGACAGAGAAGCGAAUCCUGGCCCUCGCCCGCCGACACCCCUACCUCACCCAGCUCUACUGCUGCUUCCAGACACGGGACCGUUUGUUCUUUGUAAUGGAAUAUGUGAACGGAGGAGAUCUGAUGUUCCAGAUCCAGCGAUCUAGGAAGUUUGACGAGGCUCGCUCUCGUUUCUACGCAGCCGAAGUCACCUCAGCCCUCAUGUUCCUGCAUCGUAACGGAGUCAUCUACAGGGAUCUGAAGCUGGAUAACAUCCUUCUGGAUGCAGAGGGACACUGUAAGCUGGCAGACUUCGGUAUGUGCAAAGAAGGCAUCAUGAACGGCGUGACCACCACCACCUUCUGUGGCACACCGGACUACAUCGCUCCUGAGAUCCUGCAGGAGCUGGAGUACGGGGCCUCUGUGGACUGGUGGGCUCUGGGGGUGCUGAUGUACGAGAUGAUGGCCGGACAGCCUCCGUUCGAAGCCGACAACGAAGACGACUUGUUCGAGUCGAUUCUCCAUGACGACGUCCUCUAUCCUGUGUGGCUCAGCAAAGAGGCCGUUUCAAUCCUUCGAGCGUUCAUGACAAAGAAUCCGGCCAAGCGUCUGGGCUGCGUGGUGAGCCAGGGCUGCGAGGAGGCCAUCAAGACCCACUCCUUCUUCAGAGAGAUCGACUGGAUCCUGCUGGAGCAGAGGAAAGUCAAACCACCCUUUAAACCUCGGAUUAAAACCAAGCGAGACGUGAAUAACUUCGACCAGGACUUCACCAAGGAGGACCCCGUGCUGACGCCCACGGACGAGGCCAUCAUCCGACAGAUCAACCAGGAGGAGUUCAAGGACUUCUCCUACUGCGCCCCCGAGGAGACGCACACCUAAGACACACACACACACACACACACACACACACACUGAUCCAGCAACACUACACCCGGCAUGCACGUACGCACACACACUCAGUAGAACCGUAACUCCUUUUACAAAACACACACACACCGAGUCACUCCUUUACUUUGAAGCUAUUGGUUGUUGUUACUUUUUGGAAUAUUAUUUACUUGCAUUGUGUUGUUCUUGUUGCCUGGGUUUUAUUAUAAAUAUGAAUAUGGAUAUGAAUAUGAAUAUGCACACCUGCACAUGCGCUCACAACACACACGCACAUGCAAACACUACAACCUUCACAUGCUCUCUCACACACACACACACACACAGCUACAAGCUCACUGCACAUGCUCAGACUACCAGACACACACACACACACUGACACUGCUUCUCUCCCCGGCACCUUUCUACAUGUGGACUGUGGGUGCUGGGUGCAGAGGCCUGUAAAUAGCCUGUGUUGAGUGGCUGUAUUGUGUUUGGUAUCGUCUGCUAGUAAAGGAGCGUCGUGGCGCAUGGACAAGCAACCCUACCUGUGUUAUUACUGUCCUUAUCAUGGACCAGUUAGGGCCAAAACUCCCUUUGUGCAAUACCCUGACUGUAUAUAUAUUUUAUGAUUUGUUUGUUCAUGUGUUUUUUUGUUUUUUUUUUCUCUCCUCGAAAUGUGUUUCCAUUCGGUUACGGUAUGACUGAAAUAUCGCUCUCGCUGUCCGACACGCUCACCCUCUCUGUCCUCCUGCGUGCGUAAAAGUGAAUGUCGACAUUUUACAGGCUAUUGAACUAAUUAUGUGGAGCAGAGUGUUACAGGCGACCUGUGUAGCAGCGGGAAGAAAAAAAAGAAAAAAGCCCGAUUUCCAGCCAUUUCAUCCAUCUGUUCGUUUUUUCGAUCCCGCGUCCUGUCCGUCCCGCAGUUGUGAAUGUGCCGGCCCGUUGGCGUCUUUCUUUUUUUUUUUUUAAAUCUUUAAAUCGUGAAUGUACAUUUUUGUGCGUGUGAAUGUGUGAUAUCCCCCCUACUCUUCCCUGUCGUGUGUGACUUUCUGUUUCUGUAGCUACCAUCAGUGUUUUCAGCCUCAUUCCUUACUUCCCCGCCUCCAGCAGCCGUCUCACUCAGCCAAAACCACUUGCUUUUCAGACUUUUUUUUCAAGAAUGGCUUUUCUUUAUUAUUGCUCUCGCUCUUUUUUAUUAUUAUUAUUAUUAUUAUUAUUAUUAUUGUAAAGUGUAUCUGGAGGAAACCUUUGUGUAUAAUACUAUAGCUAUACUAUUAUAGGUCUGUUACAGCCGGGUGAUAAGAAAUGUGGAGAACCAGCAGCUGAAUUACCUCUCAUUUCAAACACACACACACACACACACACCAAACACCACAUACAGACUCUGUCCUUCGCCUCCUCCUCCUCCUCUUUCUUCUUCCUUCUUCUCACUGUUUCUUUCUUGCAAACAAACACACUCAUGCACACACGGAGAAGGACUGUGGUUUUGCGUGUACUGUACAGCGAUUGAGAAGGCGAGCUGGUUUGCUCUCUGUGCAGUAGAGUCGGUGUGUAGUGAAGCUUUGUGCACCCAGGGGUAGGGCUGUUCCUGGUCACACUAUCUUACUCUGUGCCAAAAUGUAGUGCAACAGCCGGGCUAGUCCUGUCUGGUCUGAUUCCAAUAAAACACUGAGCUGUCUACAUCAA